CAGGAGGAUCGUGAUUCAAAGCCAGACUCAGCAAAAGCAAGGCGCUAAGCAAUUCAGAGGAGAUGACCGUCGGGUUCUGCUGUGGCAUAUGGAACAAGCGAUCCACUCCAGAGUCAAGCCCAUACAACUGAAAGGAGAGCACCAUUCCAACAUUUUUUGCCUGGCUUUCAACAGUGGAAACACCAAAGUGUUCUCUGGAGGAAAUGAUGAGCAAGUUAUCCUUCAUGAUGUUGAAAGCAGCGAGACCUUGGAUGUGUUUGCUCAUGAAGAUGCAGUAUAUGGCUUAUCAGUGAGCCCAGUAAAUGACAACAUUUUUGCCAGCUCUUCAGAUGAUGGUCGGGUUCUCAUUUGGGACAUCCGGGAGUCUCCCCAUGGAGAGCCCUUCUGCCUGGCAAACUACCCAUCAGCCUUUCACAGUGUCAUGUUUAACCCUGUGGAGCCCAGGUUAUUGGCCACAGCCAAUUCAAAGGAAGGAGUGGGACUCUGGGAUAUCCGAAAACCUCAGAGUUCUCUCCUGCGCUAUGGUGGCAACCUGUCUCUCCAAAGUGCCAUGAGUGUGCGAUUCAAUAGCAAUGGGACCCAGCUCCUGGCCCUGCGGCGUCGCCUGCCCCCUGUACUUUAUGACAUCCACUCCCGCCUGCCAGUGUUCCAGUUUGACAAUCAGGGUUACUUCAACUCAUGCACCAUGAAAAGCUGCUGUUUUGCAGGAGAUCGUGACCAGUAUAUCCUUUCAGGCUCUGAUGACUUCAACCUGUACAUGUGGAGAAUUCCUGCAGACCCAGAAGCAGGUGGCAUUGGCAGGGUGGUCAAUGGAGCCUUCAUGGUGCUGAAAGGGCAUCGUUCUAUCGUUAACCAGGUCCGAUUUAAUCCCCACACCUACAUGAUCUGCUCUUCUGGUGUAGAAAAGAUUAUCAAGAUCUGGAGCCCAUACAAGCAGCCAGGAUGCACCGGAGACCUGGAUGGCCGAAUUGAGGACGAUUCCCGCUGCCUCUACACCCACGAAGAGUACAUUAGCCUUGUGCUGAACAGCGGAAGUGGCCUGUCGCAUGACUAUGCCAACCAGUCGGUCCAAGAAGACCCCCGGAUGAUGGCUUUCUUUGACUCUCUGGUACGCCGAGAGAUUGAGGGCUGGAGCUCUGAUUCAGACAGUGACCUCAGUGAAAGUACCAUCCUUCAGCUACAUGCAGGGGUCAGCGAGCGCUCAGGCUAUACUGACUCUGAGUCUUCAGCCUCACUGCCCCACUCUCCACCUCCCACAAUAGAUGAGUCUGCUGACAAUGCCUUCCAUCUGGGUCCCCUGCGAGUCACCACUACAAAUGCAGUGACAUCAACCCCACCAACACCCACGUGUGAGGAUGCAGCCUCUCGCCAACAGCGCCUGUCUGCUCUGCGUCGCUACCAGGACAAGCGCCUCCUGGCCCUGUCCAAUGAGUCUGAUUCUGAAGAGAAUGCCUGUGAGGUUGAACUAGACACAGACCUCUUCCCCCGACCACGAUCACCUAGCCCUGAAGAGGAAUCCAGCAGUUCCAGCAGUUCCAGCAGCUCAGAGGAUGAGGAGGAGCUGAAUGAACGCCGAGCCUCCACCCGACAGCGAAAUGCCAUGCGGAGGCGACAGAAAAUACCCAGAGAAGAGAGGCCCAGUGCCCCAGCCAAGCCCACCAACACCUACAUUGGAGAAGACAACUAUGAUUACCCCCAGAUUAAAGUGGAUGACCUUUCCUCUUCCCCUACCUCCUCCCCUGAGCGGAGCACUUCCACUCUGGAGAUUCAGCCAAGCCGGGCAUCACCAACUUCUGACAUAGAAUCAGUUGAGCGAAAAAUUUAUAAAGCUUACAAAUGGCUGCGCUACUCCUAUAUCUCCUACUCAAAUAACAAAGAUGGAGAGACUUCCCUGGUGACAGGAGAGGCAGAUGAAGGGAGAGCAGGAACCAGCCACAAAGACAGCCCAGCACCUUCUUCCAGUAAGGAAAUCUGCCUAAACACAACCAUGGUCCCGAGGAACCAGGACCUGCCACCUGAAGGCUGCAGUAAGGAUGCUUUUAAAGAAGGGACUUCCACUAGAAAUCCCAGCAGUGUCCCAGGCUAUGAGCACAGCAGCCAACCUUGGACCGAGGCACCAGAGGGUACCUCUCAGGACGGUAACAAUGGUGGCUCUGUAGAACACUCAUUUGAAACCAAGAAGCUCAAUGGAAAGGCCCUGAGCAGCCGGGCUGAGGAACCACCCUCUCCUCCUAUGCCCAAGACAUCGGGCUCCAUUCUCAACAGCGGGUCUGGAAACUGUCCGAGGACCCAGUCUGAUGACAGUGAAGAAAGGAGCCUUGAAACCAUCUGUGCCAAUCACAACAAUGGACGCUUGCACCCCCGACCCCCUCACCCCCACAACAAUGGGCAGAACUUUGGGGAGCUAGAGGUGGUGGCCUACUCUUCCCCAGGACAUUCAGACACUGACCAUGAUAACUCAUCCCUGACAGGGACACUCCUACACAAAGAUUGUUGUGGGUCUGAAAUAACCUGUGAGACUCCUAAUGCUGGAACAAGAGAGGAGCCCACUGACACCACAGACAGCAGCAGGGCUGUUCAUGGCCACAGUGGCUUCAAAAGGCACCGAGUCGAAUUGGAAGACACAGAUUCAGAGAAUUGCUCCUCAGAGAAGAAAUUUAAAACAUGAUAAAUACAAAGGGAAAAAAAGCUACAAAAAGUAGCCUUACAAAAAAAAAAUUCUUGUUUAGUGAACACAGAGGAAAGGGAAAGAAGUAUUAAAGGCACAUAAAACCAGGGCCUGAAAUUUUGUUUCUGCUGCUGCUCCCUUCUAUUCAACAUUCAACAAUGGGUCUGAAUGUCUAACUGGCCAUAGGCUUGUGCUGUGUAAAGAAAAGGGGGAAAAUCCAAGUUAUUCCUUUUCUAGUGAGUUGUGAGCAUAGUGUACCUGUGCAAGGUUCUGUGAAAGUGAAUCCUUGUUGGGAUGUUUGAUUUUGUGUGAGUGUGUGCACUGGCGUGUGUGAGCUCAUUGUCUCAUGAGACCUUUCUUUUAGUUGUCGGGGUCUAUAGUUUUUGCCAUCUCACCCUGUUCACGUGUCAUAGGUGUUCUGGUCUCAACGAGGAGCACCUGUUCAAUCAGAUUGUGCUGCCAGUGAGUUGUAGACUUGAGCUGAGAGCAUGGAGAGGAGAGUAAAACAGGCCUGCAGCCCAUGGGCUGUGCUGGAAAGGAAAGCAUGGUUCCUUUCUUAAAAAGAAAUAUUCCAUGUUUUCUCUAAGUAACACUUCUUCAUUGAGCAUUUAAUGUGGACAUACUAAAAGUGGAACAUUUUUAAUGCUAAUGGAGGUUAGCACUUAUGAUCUGAUUCAAGAGCCUAUAGAUCCCUGAUAAAUUUCUCUGUUUGCAAAUCGAGUGAUGCUGCAAUAUGUACUGUAUGGAGGCCAUAAAAUAUGACUAGUUGUGGAUAAUACAUUAACCAGUUAGGUGCUAGUUCCUAAAAGGCACUCAAAAGGCCAGCAGGUGCUUCCUUGGCUCCAUGUGAUGGAGUUUAGACAUACUGAAGGGAGGAGAAGAGACAGCUCUCAAGAGCUUUGUGCUCAAACUACUAAGGUGGAUGUUAGAGGUGUGUAAAUGAACCAGUGUAGUGAAGAGCAGAAUGUGCUACUAUGUUCUUUUAAUUCAACCCAAAACUAUUCAUCAGAAUUGGUGGGACUGGCAUUUAUUUUCCCCCAGGCUUGCCCUUGACAAAGACUAUGACGUUCUGACUGAACGUCACAGUGCAGCAGGCAUCUCAAGCUGACAGAUUCAGCAGGACCAUCGGGAGGCAGAGGGUAUGUGCAGAGGAGUCACUGGUUUGACAACUGGCUUCUGGAAGAGACUGAAUUCCAUGGAGGCAGAUAAUGGUUGAGAGAGGAAAAGUCCAAGAGAUUUUCAGCCUUGUGGUGUUACCGUCACUCAGUUAUCAAGGUAGGCUGUGUGAGACAGGAAGACCUAGGAAUGACCAAAUGUCUUGUUAGCAUAUGUGUCACAUGUGGAGGGUAGAAUGCUGGCAAGAAAUGAGGGAGAGAGAAGAGUUUAACUUUCUUGAGCACUAAGGUGCUAGAUACCUAGGAGCCAGCUGGGAUUAUCAUAAGGACCUAACUGGAGACUACUGUGGCCUCACUGACCCAGCAUUCCUCUUAGACGAGGACCUGUCCUGAUGGAACUAGGACCAAGGGGAGGCCACCUGAAGACUUGGAUGAAAUCAGGCUCUUGGGGAGAUGGUUCUUCAGAAAAGGAAAGUGGUUGGCAAGUCGAGAGGAGAUGACAUGUCACUAAACUUCGCGGAAGGUCGGACGUGCCUAAUAUAUGUGUGAUGUGACUGGGGUCCACACUAGCACUGUUUUAGGCGAGGGAGGUGGAGCAGGAGCAGAGUGAGGAUGCAUCCAAUUCAACGACUGGACUCUUACUGGGGGAGCAGGACAGCGAUUCUGUAACCAACAUUAGAAUUACUUUGGAUUUGUAAUCAAAAUGGUUCUAUGAUUUGUCUUUGACUAUUCACAGAUAAUUGUAAAUUCUGGUUUUAUAAGCCCAAGUCAUUUUACAUUUGCUUUUCCAAAAUGUAUUAAAUUGAAAAUUUUUACUCCUUUAUAUACAAAAAAAGAUAUAACCACUCACUGUGUGUUUCUCUUCCCCUUCUUAGUACACCCAACCCUUAUGUUUUGUUUGAUUUUAAUCUACUCACCAGGUAGCCUCUUCUGGCUUCUGUAAAGACAAUCCACAUAUCCUCCUGGAGAAAAAGAAGUUAAAUUCCCUUGGGAACUUGCUAUUGGUAGUUAUAGUUGCCAAAAGCAGAGCUUGGUCUUUCUUAUUAAAAGCCUUUAUUUCACUUGAUUACUCAGAAGAGAAGUCAAAAUUCAUUUUGAUUAAUGUUAGAAGCCAAGAAAAAUCAUUGUUAGAAGGAUGACUUCCAUCCUUGGGAAAGACAUCCCAGCAUUACAGAUUCAGCUGAGACAUACAGGCCCCAUGACAUAGCCACUGGAGCAGGCUGAGAAAUGUAUGUCUGUGGCCACUCCAUCCUCACUUCCAGGGAUCUUGUAUGUGUGGCUGUGGUCCUAGAAAUCAAGAAAGGAACUACUUCUCAGUUCUCUUUGCUUAAACUGUUAUAGAAUUGAGGCCCCAAAUUUAGAGGUGCAUUUAAUCCCCAAAUUCUUCCACAAUGGUAUUUUUACUAGCAGAGCAGAUAGCACUGAUAAGAUUAAGAACUAUUUGAAAGUACCUCUUGGGUUUUUUCCUGCAUCUUGUACAUAAAGUUUUAAGUAGCAGGUCUAAAUAUGUAAAACUGUGUCUCUCCACUGUUUCCCAUCUGGUUUUGUAAAUGAUUCUUGAGGACAGUAGGUAAAUGGUUAAAUGAGUUGUUGGCUUGGGGCAAAUGAAGUUUGCAACUGUGCUUGACUUAGCUGAGAGUCUCCUGUUGUCUGUCCAGGUGCCUUCCUCUGCUGAAGCCUUACCUCCUCACAGCCCUGCCUCUUUUCACCCAGCAACGUUAACUCUUCUCUUGUGUAUAUGCAAAUAAACCUGUUAUUCACUUC